AUGGAUAGAUCGACCGGGUUUAUUCGCACAUUUGAUGCUUUUCCAAAAAUAGCACCAUCGCAGCAGGUGCGGUCUACGAGAGGAUCGUACUCCACCAUUAUCACCUAUCUGUUUAUUUUGUUUCUCAUAUGGGUCGAGGUUGGAGGAUAUAUCGAUGGUGCCAUAGAUCACCAAUUUACAGUUGACGAAGUGGUACGCAAAGACCUGGUGAUAAAUUUGGACCUUGUUGUUGCCAUGCCGUGCAAUUACAUUCACACAAACGUUAGAGACUUGACCGACGACAGAUUCUUAGCAGCAGAGCUGUUGAAUUACCAAGGGACGACAUUCAACAUUCCGCGAUGGUACGAGCAAUCUGCCAAGAAAAUUGUGACUCCAGAACUGGAAGCGGUUCUAGAGAGAUCCCUUCAGGCUAGGUUCCAGUAUCAGGGCGAACAUCACGACGAAGGAGCACCUGCUUGUCGUAUAUUUGGCGCAAUUCCUGUGAACAGAGUCAAGGGCGAGCUUCACAUUACCGCAAAGGGGUACGGGUAUAGAGAUAGAACGCGCGUUCCUGUUGAGGGUCUGAAUUUCACGCAUGCUAUUUCAGAGUUUUCGUUUGGAGAGUUCUUCCCUUACCUGGACAAUCCGCUGGAUAUGACCCUUAAAACAACCGAUGCCCAUUUACACACUUUCAAAUACCACUUGAACGUCGUGCCGACCCUUUAUCGCAAACUGGGAGUUGAGAUAGACACCAACCAAUACUCGCUGUCGCUCACCGAGUCUUCAGGCAAAUACGUUCCUGGAAUAUUUUUUCAGUACGACUUUGAGCCUAUUAAGCUUGUUGUGGAGGAGACAAGAUUGUCUUUCUGGCAAUUUGUGGUGCGUUUGGCAACGAUUAUGGGCGGAAUUCUCGUGGUUGCAGGAUGGUUAUACAAAUUGUUGGACAAGUUGAUUUUGCUCACGCUCGGCAAGGAGUUUGCCAAAAGGGGCCAGGAGAAGAAGGAAGGCGGUUUGCUCGAUAAUGUCGAGGAUUUCGAGAAAAUAUAGAAGCUCCAUCUAAUUCAGCAGAGCCUGGGCGUCUUCCUUGUAUCCCACACCCGGUACGACUUCAGUAUAUCUGAUGUAUUCGUCGUCGUCAAAAGUGAUAAUAUCCCAGUACUUAUAGACCAUCAUGAUUGCAAAAAGGUUACUAAGAGUGCUGAAAAUGAGCCCGUCUGCGUAGUGGCUCAACGAUGUGCAGAUGUCAUAGCUGAAGACGUACAGGAGACACUCAGCAGCGACGAAAAAGAAUACUGAGAGGCAUAGUGCUUCGAUGGCCCACCAGUUGAGUACAAGAGUGACGAAGCAUAUGAAUAACUGGCACAGCAGGUACAUGAAAAGCAACAAUCCAUUGAAUAUGAAGUAGAGCACGAAUAGAGGGAUAGUUUCGGCAGUGUUGAUAAUGCUGGUCCAAUUAUUAAAUGUGAGAAUUGCCACGACGUAAUUGAGGACGAAAACGCCAAAAGAGGAGCCAAACAUGGCUGCCAUAGUGUGCAGGGAGCCAUCGUCCCAUAAAUUCAGACUUGACAGUCCCGCAAAGAAUAACGUCCAGCAGCAAACGCCGGUCAUGGCUAUCUGGAAGCUAACGAAAUAUGCGUAUGUGGAAGAUCCGCUUGGAGAUACUCCAGUGUCCACUACGAUGCAGGACACCGUGAACAUUAUAAAACUCCAGAAAAACGUGAGCAUUUCUUUUCUCCCGACAGCAGUGUAUCUCAAUCGCACGUUGUAUAUGAUCAUAAGGGCCACUAUGAGCGAGGACAUGUGUAUAAAUGACGUUCCGAUCUGGAAUAUUAAUGUGUUCGAAAUAUCUACCGUGCGCGCGUAGCAAUCCGGGAUGAUCCCCACAAAGGUGGCAUUAUGGGCAUGCAACGGAUUGAUCAGCGUGCACAGUGGAAGCGAGGUUCUCGUGCAAAUUCCGGAGAAGUCGCCAAUCAUACAAGAUAUCUAAAUACGAAGCUAUUUUGGCGCGUUAGAUAAGAUAAUAAAUU